AUGAACGAAGAAGGUGAUUUAAAUGUUUUUAAAAAGGACGAAGUUCCCGCAAAGUCCAUUGAAGGGUGGAUUAUCAUCAUCACGAACAUCCACGGAGAAGCAAGGGACGACUACAUAAAAGACGUUUUUGAAAAAUAUGGAGAGAUAAAAAAUUUGCAUUUAAAUUUGGACAGACGGACAGGUUUUUUAAAAGGCUAUGCAUUUCUCGAGUUUGAAAAUUUUGUGGAUGCCAAGAGAGCCAUUGAUGAAAUGGACGGCGCAACGUUGCUCAAUCAGGAAAUUCACGUGGAUUGGGCAUUCGUGCAGGAGAAAAAUAAGAAUUGA